AUGGCGGCUUCCUUUGUUGCAUACGUACCCGUGACCGCGUAUACUGAUGAAGACCACCCCAUCACCCCGAACCAUGAGCACCCCUACCCCCCCGACUACUUCGGGCACCGCGCCCACUCCAAUAUUAAUAGCGUCCUCUCUAGCGUCCUCUCCAAUACCAAUACCAUCCUCUCCACCAAUCCAACCACCAUCAGUACCCCCACCGGACACCGCACCCACCCCAAUAUUACUACCAUCCUCACCACCACUGCCAUUACCCCUCCCAUCCACCGGACCACCCACCUCCUCCCCACCAGCAAUGUUAGCCCCCACCCCACAGCCCCUCCCCCCACGCCCAUCUUUUCUCCUACCCGUCUCAUCGCCACCCACGUCUUCUCUACCGCCCCUAACGUCUUCGCCACCGACAUGCUCCCCCGCGCAGCCGUCGUCGCAGGAGAAUCUGUCGUCGCUUCCGCCGCCGUUUUCGUCAAGCUCGUCGAGGUCGUCUUCGGCACCUCCACUGUCUCCGCCGCUGGCACUGCUGCGCCCGGCGAAGAGGAAGAGGCGGGUGUCGGUGACGGGGUGUGA